AGAUACAUGCCAGGGAGAGAGGGACCAAGAGAGAGCGAGAGGGAGACCUCGAGAGAGAGAGAGAGAGAGAGAGAGAGAGAGACUGUUGAAUGAACUUGGCCAUUAUAUUCUAGGGAGAUACAAACAUUGCUUUAUCAGACAGUCAGAAAGAGAAGAAGAGACUGAGGAGAACAGAAGAUGAGGGAGAGUCUUUCUUCAAAAUUGUUCCAUUCUUUUUUUUAGAGGAAGAAAAGAGAAAGCAUAAGGGGGAGUUUUGGAGAGAGAGAAGCGAAAGAGGAGGGGGGGGACGAGAUAAAUAAUGAAUUAACUUAGACUUCUAAGGGCUGUGGACAUGUUUUUCCUUUCUUGAGAAAAAUAAUCGUACCAAAAUGACAAAAAACAUCUUAACAUCUGACAUUGUUGAUUCUCUAAAUGUAGUUUUUUCACCCUGCAAGUGAGCACUGAAAAGCAUAUGAGUGAAGAAAUCUCAUGGACCCGACUGAGAUGGAUAGAGAAAGGCAAGACAGACAAUUCUGACAUGGUGUCAACCCACAUUGACAGAGACAAAGUGUGGAGAGGAAGAAGUGGGAUAUUCAGUGACAGACGCAUCUACCCCCAGACACAGAUGUUUAAUAACAAUUAUAUUGUUCUUGACAUAUGUGCCAUCUUCAGUGGCAAAGUGGACAUUAUAAAAGGGAGAGGGGACAGACACGUUAAGUGCACAAAAAUUCCUGUCUGUCAGAAUCAGAGGCUGGGGCCAGAGGAGAGAGCAUUGCUCAGCUGUAGCUGUUCUCCCUAAACAACUGUGCCUGUCGACCGCUUUACAAAGUCUAUGUGUGGAAAGCCUUUGCACAGUGAAGGAGAAAAGCUUUUGCACAGACACAUGAAAAGGGAAGAGGAACUCAAGAAGGACCAACUGUGUAACCUAGAUAAGCUGAAAUAGAAAGACCACAGCAGACUGGAGAGCAGGGCAGGAUUUCUUUCUUCGAGAACUUCUACUCCUCACUUGGACAAUAAGGGCUCUCAAUUACAACUUGAGAGGGAGGACAGUCAGAGUGUCAGGGGGAGGGAGAGAGGAAGAACAGACAAUAACCUCCUGAGAGAAAGGAGGGAUAGUCCGCAAUAGAGAGAGGAGGGGAAGUUCCCCCUCUCUCGACCCAUCUCAUCGUCAGGCUGGCUGGUGCAGCCACGGCGUUCACCUUCGCAGCCUUCUGCUACAUGCUCACCUUAGUGCUGUGUGCUGCACUCAUCUUCUUCGUCAUCUGGCAGUAACCAUGGUGCCCGCUAAGGGAUCAUCGGAUCACCAUGGAAACUGCAUCUGUUUACAACAGAGAAGAGCAUGAAACAGAGAAGGGGGAGUGACAUAGAUCGAUAAGGGUAUUGUUGAGAGUAAAAGACAGAUGUGGAGAUGGUGAUUGGUCUCUGAUAGGGAAAGAUGGAUGUCACAGGGAGAGAAGAACGUUGAGAGGCGGAAAGGGAUGCUUAGAUGUAGAUCUCAGAGAGCGAGAAAGAGAGAGUCAGAGUAUGGGAAAGGUGCAAAAGGGUGAGUGGAGGUAUGGGGACGGAAAACUGAAGAUAAGAAAUAUUGAGGAAAAAAAACAAGCUAAAAAGAUUAUUGCGUUUGACGAGCUGCGCACAGACUUCAAGAAUCCAAUCGAUCAGAGCAACCCCACCAGAGCGAGGGAAAGAAUUCUGAAUAUUGAAAGAAUCUGCAACUUGCUGCGGAAGCUGGUGGUGCCAGAAUACUCCAUCCAUGGACUGUUCUGCCUGAUGUUCAUGUGUGCUGGAGAGUGGGUCACCCUGGGCCUAAACAUCCCCCUGCUCUUCUACCAUCUUUGGAGGUUUUUCCAUCGGCCAGCAGAUGGGUCAGAGGUCAUGUAUGAUCCUGUCAGUGUGAUGAAUUCUGACAUCCUGAACUACUGUCAGAAGGAGUCUUGGUGUAAGCUGGGCUUCUACCUGCUCUCCUUCUUCUACUACCUGUACAGUAUGGUCUAUGCCUUGGUGAGUUUCUAAACACAGUAUAGAAGGCCAAGAAGAGAUUGAAAGACAGAGAAAGAGAACGACUAAGACCGGGUGAUGUCACUCACCCCUCUUUCUCACCACCCAUUACUCCAUCAUCACAGACCAUGAUUUGCUCUCCUCAAAUCUUUGGAUGGAGGGACAAACCUUGGAGGACAUUGUGAGGAAAUAAGGCAAAGCAAAGAGACGUUGUUGCACCUGCUCAAGACUGCAAUCCAUCUAGAAGAGGAGGAGCAGACAUAGAAGAGCCACAAAGGAGGAGGAAUGAAAUAAAGAAGAGAAAGAGAGAACACAUCUCAACUAGUAUACGUGUUGCCUUGAUCUGACCACAUCACUUCUUAGGGCCUGCAGGUCUCCUCUGCUAUUCUGAGUAUUACAGUCACUCAACUGUGAAUUUAUACACUUUGUGUUGCCUAAGUCCUAAAGUAGAUGUUGCAGAUUCAUAUCCUUCCAUUCCAAUAAACCUUUUAAGAAAAGAGAAUACAAAAUGCACAAAACGUAUUUAGUUAUUCUACCGAUUUGGUAUUUCAAUAAUUCAGUAGUUGUGGUAGAUCAUUUUCUGAGGAUAUGAAUAGUUGUUUCAUCAGAUAAAUACACCAUUCAAUGCUACUAUUUCGAACCAGCGUGAUGGUAAUUGUGUUAUUCAAAAAUAUCAAAUGUAUGAACUCAUAAAUUACAUGCGAUGGGCAUAAGCUUCUGUGAAGGAUCGCGGACACCCCGGAGUGGUGUUUGAGUCUAGGUCCACUCCAGUCAAGGCACUAUCUCCCAGAUCCCAGUCCCCACCCAGGGAAAACAGGCACAUUUCAUUCCAACACAAAAUUAUUCUGGAUUGAAAUGGAUGUUUUGACUCUGGGUGACUUGGAACUUGGGUGUUUAAGUAUUCUGUGUUUGUCUGUUCUGUUCUAGGCAGGAAGGGCUGAUUUCGCCAAUACUUUCCAAAGAGCUCUGCGCUCCGUGAUUCUAGAUCAUGGAAACCUCAUUCAAGAAAAGCAAUUUUAAAUUCACAACAACAGCAAUGUGAUCAUAGCCUAGGAGAGAUGACUGUACAUGGGAUCGUAUUUCCUCUGUGGAAUAAUACUGUGUGACACAAGUAGCAGACGAGGCUGCUGAAGAUGAUGAUAGAUCGGUCUGCUGUGAUGACUAUGUCAAGCGCAGUAAACCUUCUCACAUAGAACACUAUGGUUGGACUUACAUAACUGUUCUUACUCAAGUGUUACAGUGAAUGUUGGCAGACACUUGACUCUUGGUUCAUUUCAAAGCCGUGACUUAGCUGGCGCUGCCCUCAUCAUCAUGUAACCAUAGCUCUGUGUGUAGCUCAUUGAUAAUGAUCACACUGUGUAAUUUUAAACUCAUUAGAGAAAUGAGUCGUACUGGAACUUGAAAAAUAAUGUGUGAUCAUUUGUUUACCAUAAACUGAUCAUAAUUGUAGUAAUUAAUUGUGUACGACAAGUCCGAUAGGGUUCAUGUUGGCAUCUGAACACAGCGCCCUGCAUUAUAGUGGAGCCACUCACAUUUGAGUAAUGUGUCAAUGUUGUUCAGCUAGGUUUCUUGUGCCAAGACAUUACAGUAUGUUCUGUUCAUCAUGACAGUUCCCUCCAAAACAGAACAACCCUUCAACCCUGACAACAAUGUGAGUAAAUCACAGACAGUCGCUAAAGCACAAAACAGGGGGGUCACAAAGGAGAGGAAAUAUAGCUAGGUUGACCAUCAAUGAACGUCAUAAUGCAGUUUAUCAGAAUGAAUGAAUUAAUAUACAGUAUAUUGAAGAAUAACUAUUUGAUACUAUCUUUUACACAUCUCUCAUCACUGUAUGCUAUAUUUGUUGGUGUGAUAGUUUGUAUUCAUUAUAAUACAAUAUGAUAUACAGUACACACAGCAAUUCACAUAUUCUAAUAAAAUAGCAAUGUG